UGAUUCAGUGCUUGUAUUGAAAAAUAAGACAAAAAAAUAAACAAACAAUUAGUUUUGAAUUCGUUUUUUAAAACACAAAAUCAAAAUCAAUAUUAAGUUAAUUAUAAACUGAAUUAAAGCUCAAUAUUAACAGUGAUUUCCAAUAUAUUAAACAUUUGAUUGACAUUUGAUUUGCCAUUUAAUUGAUAUAAUUUUCACUCAUUUUUAUUGUGAUAUCCAUUUGUUGACCACAUUUUCCGCCACCGGAUAACCCAUUGCCGCAGAUUUGAUCACCGGUUUGUCGCACCCGAAGUCAUCACCCAUUGAUCCACGUGUUUGGCCAAUCGUCUUGUUGUUGUCGUGUGUAUGGGAUCUGAUCUGACGAUCGCAGCGCCGAAGUCUACGCCAAGACAUCACAUAUAAUGUUGAGCCAAAUGAAUGGUGAUUUGGACCCUAAUGCAUUGAAUUCAAUGCAAACCAAUGGUGAGCCACAGAUGAAGCGCAUCAAAGCCGAAGAUGACGCUUCGGUGGCCGACCUGACGGCCGCCCAACAGACUGGCCUCCUAUUGGCCGGUCCGGGCGCUCUGCGCGCGUCGGAAUUGGCCGCUGGUUUAGUGAAGCUGAACGCGGAUCAGUUGGAUAUGGUUCAGAAGGCGAAGAAGUACGCGAUGGAGCAGUCGAUUAAGUCGGUGCUCGUGAAGCAGACAAUAGCCCAUCAACAGCAGCAGCAGAAGUCGCUGCAAAGACAUCAGGCGCUGGUACUCAUGUGUCGCGUAUACGUCGGCAGCAUUAGCUUCGAGCUCAAGGAGGACACCAUUCGCCAGGCGUUCGUACCGUUCGGUCCCAUAAAGUCUAUAAACAUGUCUUGGGAUCCGAUCACACAGAAGCACAAGGGCUUCGCGUUUGUUGAGUACGAUCUGCCCGAAGCGGCGCAGUUGGCCUUAGACCAGAUGAAUGGUGUGAUGAUCGGCGGCCGCAACAUCAAAGUGGGCCGACCCUCGAACAUGCCUCAGGCGGCGCCCAUCAUAGAGCAGCUCCAACAGGAGGCCAAGUCCUACAAUAGGAUAUACAUCGCGUCCAUACACCAGGACUUGUCCGAAGCGGACAUACAGUCGGUGUUCGAGGCGUUCGGCAAGAUUAAGGUCUGCAAACUGACGGCCAGUCAAUACCCGGGCAAACACAAGGGCUACGGCUUUAUCGAGUACGACGGCGACCAGUCGGCACUCGACGCCAUCACAUCCAUGAAUCUCUUCGAUUUGGGCGGACAGUACUUACGGGUGGGUCGAGCCAUAACACCGCCCAACUGUUUCGACGGUCCGGGCGCUCCGCCGCCGAGCUCUAUGCCGACCGCCGCCGCUGUGGCCGCCGCAGCCGCUACCGCCAAAAUCCAAGCGAUGGAUGCCGUGGCCAGUCUGACCCCCAACCAAAACGGUACCAACACUGCGAUACCGCCUCCAGUCUUAGCUCUUCCAACGCCUAUCGGACUGACCACUGGUUCUGCGGCCGCACUCAGCUUAGCUUCCAAUUCAUUACAGCCAGUAUUAGCGGCCACAGCGCCGGGUAUUAUAACGGGUGUCACGCCUAACGUCACGCACCAGCAAAUGGUGAUACCGGCGCCGACAUUAGUCACACCAUUGCCAGUGAGUCUUCAGCAAAACAACGGCGUGGAGACGACGGCGCCGUCGAAAUUCCUCUCCACACCGCCGGUCACUGUCGCCAACCAUACGGUCACAAACACUACGUCCGGCGCGACGACGAGUGGCGGCGCGUCUGCGGCUGAAACGGCGGCCGCUCUGGCGGCCAAAGAGCUGGAGCUUAAACUCUCCGAAUCCAACAGUAAUGUCGAUGAGUCGCAAACAUUACAACAACAGGAAAACAUUGUCAUUAAGGGAUCAAACGCUCGGCAGAUGUUAAUGCAUAAACUCAUGAGGAAGAAUGAGUCACGAGUGAUUGUAUUGCGAAAUAUGGUUGGCGUCGAAGACUUGGACGACGAGCUCGAGAAGGAGGUGACGGAAGAGUGCGGCAAAUUUGGUUUCGUUAAUCGGGUCAUCAUUUAUCAGGAAAGACAGUCCGAAGAGGAGGACGCGGACAUUGUGGUCAAGAUAUUCGUCGAGUUUGGCCAACAACCCGAAGCCAUUAAGGGAAGGGAUGCCCUCAACGGCCGAUUCUUCGGCGGCCGCAUAGUUAAGGCCGAAUUAUACGAUCAAAUACUAUACGAUGACAAUGACUUAAGCGGUUAGACCACCGGUUCGGCCGACAAUUGGAUUUUGUAGUUCAUGUGUUUAUUUUUGUUUUGUUUUUGUUUUAUCAUUCAAUUAGAGAUUCAUUUCUUGUGAUUUCGACUAUAAAUUCAUUUAUACAACAAAAUUAAGACUUUUUUAGUUUAUUUGCGCACAUGUUUUACGCGACGACUAAUUUAAUUUAAAUAUAAUUUCUUUCAUUUAAUUAUUCAGAUAAUGAAUAACUAAACAACAAAUCCUUUGUAAUUAUAUUUUUAACACUCAUUUGAUGACC